ACCCGAUUCAAACGGUUUCAAAAGCGCGACCCCACCGCAGCCCGCAGGGUCCACGGCUCUCGUUUCCGCCCGCGCCACCCGCCAUGUCGUCCCCGCCGCGGGGGCAGCCCGCCACCGCCGCCGUGCCGGCGGUCGCGGCCGCCACGUCCCCGCAGUUGCCUGCGGCGUCCCACACGCUCCCCCGCGCGUUCCUCGCCACAUCCUCUCCCCGUGCCAUAGUGGCAGCACCGGCGCCCCCGCUAUUCACCGGUCGGCCGCUGAACCCUAACCCACCGGCCCACGGCUCCUCCGUGCCCCACGGCAUCCUCUACCCCGUCCUGAAAUCCGCCUCCACGUCCAACUCCGCGGCCGCGGCCGUGACAGCGCAGCUCCGCCGCGUUCCUCCCAUGGCCGUGGGGUACCCUCGGACCCACGCCGUCGCCAUCCCUAUUGCACAGCAGCAGCAGCCCCUGGUGCACGCGCAACCCCGGUCCUUCGCGGCCGUGCCUCGGGCCCUUGUGACUGGCGUGUCGACGGGGUCCGAACAGCCUCCCCGAGGAGUUCCUAUAGGCUCGCAGCCCAAGGUUAAUCCAGUACCACCUGUUGGCCCAUCCAAUGAGCAGAGUAACCCAAAAGACAGGGAAAAGAGCAGAGAAGAACCUACAGUUGUGGUGAUUAAUGACCGCAAAGUUAACCUGCUGGAUAGUGAGUCGGGAUCCUUUUAUGCUCUCUGUCGAUCUUGGGUUCGUAAUGGUGUUCCACAUGAAAGUCAGCCAAGCUUUGGAAAUGGUGAACCACUUCUUCCAAGACCUUUGCCUGCUUCAGUUGUAGAUUCUAGAAUAUCAGACAAGGACGAUAAUGAUGUUGCAGGUGAAGAUUCAGAUGAAGAGCCACAGAAGAAUGCCAACGGUGAAUACAAUACAAGUGAUUUAUUGAAGCAGCAUGUAAAGCGUGCGAAAAGGAUACGUGCUGGGUUGCAAAAGGAUCGGCUUCGUCGGAUUGAAAGAUACAAGCAACGCCUUGCACUUCUUUUGUAGAAUCGGCCUGUGACUGUAUAAAGCUGAAACCAUAGGUGUUUGUCUUGCAGGUUUUAACUUCCGUAUUGGAAUUUGUUAAGAUGUUUUAUUGACUAGCAUUGUAUGUUAGGACCAUCUGGAUGUUUUAUUGCCAACGUUAUCUAAUAAAAUGUGAAAAAGCCUUUAGCUAAGUUGGUUGGAUGAUCUGAGUAGCACUAUUAAAGUUUUGAGUAUGGUGCCACUGUGCAUGGGUGAGACAAAGGUUCGAAGUUCGAAGGUUUUCUCGAGCUGCAUGAGAAGAUCUUAAAUGUAAUGUAGGUCUUCUUAAAGGUAAUGCCGUUGAGGUGGUCUUACCAUAUAUGUGGAUUUUUUUUAUCUAGUGAAAUGAAACUGAAAUCAUAGUCA